AUGUUGACAAAAACGUUGAAGAGUAAAGGAGAUUUUGGAAUUCCAACAUUAUUCAUAACCAUUUCCGCAGCUGAAACAACAUGGCCUGAAUUAAUUGUAAUAUUAGCCAAGGUUAUUGAUGGUAAAGAAAUUUCACUUGAAGAAGCUAAUACCCUCUCUUAUUUGAAAAAGACCCGUUUAAUCAGGACCGACCCUAUAACGUGUGCUCGAUAUUUUGAACAUAGAUUUAAGUUGUUAUUUAAACACAUAAAGAGUGAUAGUGGACCAUUUAAGCAACACCCAAUAGUGCAUUUUUACUAUCGAGUAGAAUUUCAACAUUGUGGCUCACCCCAUAUCCAUGGUUUACUGUGGUUAGCAAAUGCCCCGAAAUUUGAUGAAACCGCUAAAAGUUUCAAAGAAUGCUGCCAGUUUGCUGACAAGUUCAUAACUUGCCAGGGAGAUCUAGAGAGUGUCAGUGAAAUAAUCCAAUUCAACACUCAUCAUCAUUCAAAGUCUUGCAAGAAAGAUAUAAAGGGAUAUGAGGUCUGCAGAUAUGGUAUCCCCUAUCUUCCAAUGGAUGAAACCACCAUAUUGACGCCUAUUAAACUAGACAGGAAAGUAGAUACCAAUAAGGAGUUAAGAAAAACCAUGUCCGAGAAAUUGUUGCUGAUAAAAACAAAAUUACAAAGUAAACCUGAUGUGUCCUUCAAAGGAUUUUUAGCAGAUCUCAGUAUGUCAAAAGAAGAAUAUCUAACAAUAAUUCAAUACAACAUAUUUAAGACAACAAUGUUCCUAAAGAGAAAGCCCAAGGAUUGUUUCAUCAACAACUUCAACGCAGAAAUGUUCAGUAUGAUGAGAAGUAAUAUGGAUAUCCAGCUAGUCUUUGAACCUUAUGGUUGUUGUAGCUAUAUAGUCAAUUAUAUAAAUAAAUCUCAAAGAGGUGUGUCAGAUAUACUUACUAUUGUGGAUAUAUUUACAUUCCUACUAACCCAAUAAAGGAAAGAACAAAGCUAUUAAAAUCCUUAGCAGAACUAAAAGAAAUGCCCGAUGAUGACACUAAAAUCUAUUGGGAUGGUUUGAUUGAACACUAUGAACAGAGACCAAACGAACUUGAAAAUAUUUGCUUGGCAGAAUUGGCCGCCUAUUAUCAAUUCUCCAAGAAAGAAGAAGAAUUAAAAAAAGCAACCAUAUUUCCAUUGAAAGAUAGGAGCGGAAUCUUAGUUAAAAGAAGUCAUCCUAAAAUCAUAUCCUAUCGACGUUAUGGACUACAACAGGACCCUAUAAACUAUUACAGAGAACAGAUCAUGGUAUAUGUUCCUUGGAGAAAAGAAGUAGAUGAAGUUGAAAAUGUUGAUCAGCAAAUAAAAUAUGUUGACCGAUAUGCUGAAAUAGUUAAAAAUAGACGGAAAUUUAAUGUUUUAGAUGAGAAAAUAUUAGAUGAGGCAUUGCAAUGUACCCAAGAUAGAACAGAUGACCUCAUUAAUAAUGGCUUUGAGGGCAAUAUCGACAGUGAAUACAUGGCAUAUGCGAUAGAUAAUCCCGAUUAUAAUCCAUUCGAUGGCAUUGAUGGAAACCAAAAUGAAGCACCUGUGAAACAUAUGUCAUUUCCCACCCCUCAUCAAAUUCCAGACUCAGAGUAUGAGGAACAUAAGCAAAUUAAACCAGAAACAAUAUGAGUUCCUAAAUAUUGUACAAGACCAGUUACUUGAAAAACAACCAUUUUAUUGCGUACUUAGUGGACCAGCUGGUACAGGAAAAAGUCACCUAAUAACAGCCAUAACUCAAACAUUAUUAAGACAUUACAAUUCAA